AUGUUCCGUGUUGUCGGUCGUGCACUGUCUGUCCAGCUCUCUUGUAGAGCGGGUGUUCGGCUAACUUCCGGAAAAUUCGCCAAUUAUGCAACGAACACUAGUUUCGCUCGCUGUUGCAGGUAAUUUUUUGCUCCAUUUUUUUUAUUUUCAUGGGCCCUGACAGAAAUUCCUGGCACGUGCUGGAUGUACCUAACUUUUAUAGGCAUCAUAUACAUAUCAUGACCAGACUGAUUUGUAUAAUCCAUCAAAUACUGAGAAACAAUAAACGAAUUGUCGGGUUUGUGGAAAUAGUUAGGAUAUAAAACCAGUGUCGACUUACAUUUAACCGAAAUUAUAAUUCUCGCCCAGUCUGGCCUAUCAACGCUAGAUUAGGGUCAAGUUAACGCCCUCCUACAUAUUCUAGUAAAGUGAUGUACACUGGUACUAGUGGCGUAUUAUGUGUCAACCUUUAAAUGAUCACGCGAGUCGAACUUCCACCCGAUUAUCACUGCCAAUAGGGCUGGUAAAUAGUUGUUGAAGAAGUCGAGCCUUCCGAGUGGUCCACGGAACCUUUAUUUAAAGAUUAGCAGUCUAAGUUAUGAACUACCCGCAUUUCACCAGCUUUCAUCAUUGCUAACAACCAUUUUUUUCUCGUAGCAGUUACCCAUCACAUGCGUUUUUGGGUCACCUGCGUAAUGCUUUAUGCUAUGUAGCAAGUGGAGCAGGUCAGUUUCACAGUGCGAACUUAGACCUGCUCUUCGGCAAUCUCCCACGCAGUCUUGCCCAUGUCCUGUCCGAUUACUGGUGUGGUGGCAACAUGGCGGUCGGGACUUUGUCCACACAAUGAAUAACCAAAGCGAUAUACUGUCUUUAAUUACGUGUAUCGCUAAGUCCGUAAAAUACACAAUCUCCUACUUAACAAUAGGCGUUACACACCGAAUGUUGGUUACAAUGUCCAGCCAAGUCAAGUGCGCCAAAAACCUCACAACGCAUUUAAGUGGUCGACUGUUUUCCGCCUUGUUCCGUUCGCUGACCUCUAUGUGCACGUGUCAGGCUAAGCGGAAACUGAAGACUAAAUUGCGCCGACAUAAAAGUCUUCCCACCAUGAGACAUAUUACCUUUCAUGGUUACUCAUCUAAGCAAAAUCUUGCCUGCGAUUUUGCUGACACGUAAUCGAACUAGUCGCGAGUAAGACAGUACUGAGUUAAUUGAGGUGUGUGAAUCUGGUUUUGCACGCCGAACUCGCGCCCUCAUACCUAGCUUUACGUGUUAACUCUGAAGGACGUAAUCCGCUUACAUGACUGUUGACUGCCAGCAAUAUCACUACAGCCAUACGCGGUGGUACAAGACGAGGCUGGUUUGUCGAUUCGCAGCUCUAAGCUUGUAUUACAUCUAAUGACGUCCGUCGACUGUUUUGGCCAACUUCCUGCUUCAGACUCACUAUACCAGGGACUAUAGCCACACGUCGCCGGUUAUAGCUUAACAACCAUUCUAAGCCCUGAAGAGUAGGCUACAGUUCAAGUUGGUUGCCUUAACUAAAGAGGUCUCAAGGGUGAGCCGAUGGGUGUCGUAUUUUCUAAUUGGUGGUCAUUUCCAUAGCAAGUAGUCUGAGCUGCGUCCGAGCCCUCCCAGGAGCCAUUCUUGUUACCUGUGUGUCGACAUCGCACAACUAACAGUCUCUCACUGUGCUAACACGGCGUGCUCUGGCAAGCAAGUCGAUUUUUUGAGUUUGACCGUAGAGUGCCAGGUGACUAGGUGUUGACCGGUGUUGGCAACACCGCUGUGCCAGGAGUGGAAUGCACUUUUUUCAGCGUCUGGAAUCCGUGUUCCACUCGAGUUGUCAUCUGACGGGUGCAAUUUGGACAAACAGCGUCCGCUUUGGACUGCGUCUAUAUCCCCUUUCAAGACUGCUGUUGCUGGAAGAGUUCUCACGCAACGCAUUUCACAACGAGGCGUCUAUAUAGGACAUGUCCUUAUUGCCUCGAGUCUUUAUUAUGCCGUCAAUAUCACCCUGCUGGAAAAUUCCUCCGAGGAUGUGCAUUCUGCCAUUAGUCGCAUAAUCGGCACUUUUCGCAGAUUUUUCUUAUACCGAAUUCCGCUAAAAUCAGAUGGCUGUUUGACGACUUCAUCCUGCAUAAAUGCACGUUCCCCCAACCAGAUCCACUGUUUUGUCUACUUUAGCUCACUUGAUCUGUCAACUGGCUUGUGGCAGGAGGCGACCCCUCAUGCUCUGUCGUCUCUACAAAUGCCUGUGCUCUUGCCACAUAGUCCAGCAGAAGACAAAAGUCAGUCGUUUAUCUCAGGGCAUUCGUUGCACAGAUCUGUGGCGCUAUAAUUCCUGGAGCAAGCUAAAGUAGCAUUAGUUCUGGCUGAAUUGUCCACAAGUACUCCACUGGGCUCUUUUUCUUGUGCCCAUUGUCGCGUCCUAGUAAAUGUUCACUGACCUUCCUCUGCGUGCAUACAGCUUUUUCCAUUAACUUUACUUGCACUUGGCACUGCUGUGAUUAUGCCUGAUAUGGCAGACCUCGAUUAAGUCACGGAUUAUACUUCUCCGCGCGUGACGAUCCACGGCAGCUCAGCCCAUCCUGUUAUCUAGCCUCGGAGACCGGUUACCGAAAAUCCAAGCACCGCUUCCAUGCCCUGACGAACUUUUUUCAGCCGGGUUUCGAGUUGAUCUUCGACGUCUACAAUUGGACAACGGCACCGGAUAAAGGGCAGCAACGCCGAUCUCAUGAGGCGGACGGCGAAACACGUGUCCAAACCACCUCAGGCGUCUUUCUUGAAUGCUCUGGGAUAUCCUCGCGAUAAUGUCGCAGCGAGCACAGACCGUCUUACUUUAGACUAAGUGUACUUCAUCCGAAGGGUGUUUUUGAAGCAGCGGUGGUCAAAUUCGUCCAGUUUUCUUCCACGCGCACGGUUCAGCAUUCACACCCGUAGAGAAGGAUUGACCGGACGGAUACGCAGUACAUUCGAUGUAGAUAUCGCGUUGGAUCCAUAGAUACUUUCUAAGGAUUGAGAAGAACAUGCGAGCAGCAUCGAUUCAGGAGACAGUGUCGUCCUUUCUCUGUCCACUCGGCAUCUGCCUUGCCCCGAGGUAUUUGAAACUAUGUACUUCAAGUUGACAGCCGCUAACCUCGAGAGAUGCCUCCCCCCGGUCUGGAAUUCAACUCGAAAACACGAGUUCGCCCAACGUUUAUGCGUAAGCCGACCGGUUUAGCACCCUCAUUCACCCGUGACACCACAGACUGUCGAUCACCAAAGCCUGCAGUUAACAAGGAGAUAUCAUCAGUGUAGUUGAGGUCGGCCAGCCGGCGUCCGGAUGCAAAUUCAACACUGCCAAAACCGUUUAGGACCCAUCGGACAAUCCAGUCAGUGGCGUAUUUGAACGUAAUGGUUGCAAGGAUACCACCUUGUCGAACGCCAGACUGUGUAUCGUAUGGUUGGGAGAUUGUUUUGGACGAGAACUCGCGCUGUGGUGGAGCGAUAGUGGCCCGUGAUCAUAGUGAUGAUUUUAGACUGCACACUAUCUAGUUCAAUUAUCGGUCACGGGGAUUCACGGUGGACGAAGUCGGACACAGUCACGAAGCCAACAAAGCAGACGACUGUCGGUUGCUGGUAGCCAUGGCGGGAUUCAAGAACGUGCUGCAAUGUGAAUAUCUGGUCCGCUCAUCCACACCCAGCUCAGAAUCCGACUUAUUCGGGCCUCAUCUUAGAAUCACGCACAGCCUGGAAUCGCCUGAGAAGGAUAACAGCGAAGCCCUUCACAGCAAUACCGACAAGGUUUAUGCGCGAUAGUUCCCGCACCUUGUCCUAUCUCCCCUCUUGAAGGCAGGUAUAAGGAUACCCAAGACCAGUCAUCAGAAACGACCUCAUCUCGGCGCGCAUGCUCAAUCACUUCAUGGAGCCAGAGUGCCAGUAUCGACGCAAGACCUGUUGAUUUUAAGGAAAAUGCCGUCACUCCGGGGUGCCGCGUUGUUGCGUAGCCUUUGUGUUACAUCGUCGACUUCUCCCUCGUAAACGGCGUCGCAUGACAUGCAAAGUUUUUAGAGGGAUAGGACUUCGCUGUAAAGGAAAGCGAGGACGUGAUCGGUUAAUCAUCGAAUUUGAGAAUUCGUUCGAAGUGCUCACGCCAUUGAGCGACUUUGGCCGAGUUGUCAGCAAUAAAGCCGUCAUGCACAUAGUGAACAGAGUUACUGGGUGCCGAGGGCUUACGACUAACCUGAUGGAUAGUUUAAUAGAGGGCAACAGCAGGAAGCGUCUGGAGUCGUUUUCGGCUCUGGUGCAGUUGCGCACAGAGUAACUACGCCGGCCAUAUUUUCAAGCGUCAAAAGGCCGAAAUUCUCGCAAGAGGUGACAGUUGCGUGAGCCGCCAGCUGCUCUAGUCUUGGUUCUCAGGCCCGCAGCCCACCAACAAGCGCAAUGACCUCCCCACCCCAUGUUCGAUGCUGAGACUUAGUUUGACCGAAGUAAUUAGCCACUCGGGAAGCGCGCAGGCCGGCGAGCCGGUUGGCUGAGUAACUAUCACGCCAACUUCCGACACGGGUGACUAAAUUUCAGCAGUUGACGGCUUACAUGCCGGCCAGCAAGCGAUUAGCGUGCCAGAGGGCACCUUUCCUCGGUGAAAAAGGUGGAGGAGGGGGAGCCGUAAAUUUUCAUCUGCGCCCUGUAGGAUGCCGCAAGUUCUUGCGCAUGAAUUACGCGUAUUUGAUCCUGUUUCUGAUGAUGGAUUCGGACAUGAAUUGAAGCGUCAAGCGAAUAAAUCUCUUGUUCCAGCUAUAUCAUCUACUUCUUAACACCAAGGCGUCUUGCAGUUGACAUUUUGUGCGCGGAUGACAGCUGAACAUUCAGGCUUAUGCGAAUGAGAACAUGGUCCGGCCCAUAGGCCUUAUCAACUUUGACACCACGCAUCGCUUCGCAAUCGUUAACUUAGCUGCAAAACCCUGAACAGACUAGAAUGUAGUCGAUCUGACUGGCCCUAUGACCGUCGGUGGAAUUCCGGAUCAGCAGAUGUUUAUAGCGAUGCUAGAAGCACGUGUUGGUGACGAACAGUCACCUCUGAUCAACGGCGUUCAACAUUCAUCAUUGUCUCACCGAUAACCCAGCCUGAAGCGGCCAAUAAAGUGACUGAGCAGUCGCCGUGUCCAGUCUGACCAUUCUGGUUCCUGGAAACAAUCACCAGAUCGUGGUGGGGGAGUCUUUCAACUAACUCUUGUAGCAUCGAGUAGGUCUCGUUAUCGCGCUGUUCAGCAGCUGAUUUUGAUGCGGGUACGUGACACGCGAACUAUGUGCACUCACCAAGAGCGCACGUGGUCAGCUCGUAUGCAUUUUAGACCUCGUGGCAAAUGUCUGGCCACUACCAAAUUAAUAGGUGUUUUGGCAAAUCGCAAGUAGUUUACUUUGACCCAACCGCGGAAAUCUCGGCUGUACUCAAGUCAUCCCCUUGCUGUCGUGGGUUCGAAUCCAACCCAGGUCGCCGAGCUUUUCACAUUUGGGUAAAAAAUAAAUUAUUAAAAAUCUGCCAAAACUCCUAUUAAUUAUGUGAGCCUGGUAGGCAUCUUGUGGAUUCUAGAUGGAUUACGUAGGAAAUCCUGCUUGGCCAUUCAGCUUACUGUAUGAUAUCUGGUGGCGUCCAUACGUCCUAGUAAACUGGGCGGGUAACUUGACCCAGAUGUGAUUAAGCCCACGAAUACCAGCGGAACCUCAUAGUUCAGGUGUUUAGAGCGUUGACUCUACUCAAGCCGUCUCCCUGCAGUCGUGGGUUUGAAUUCCACCGAGGUUGCCGAGUCCUUCACAGUCUAAUCAAAAUAAAUUAGCCAGCUUGUUAACCACAGUCCAUUGGAAUUCCACAUUGUCACAAUGCUGACCGAUAAUGACGCAGCUUGUGUCAUCAAGCCCAUGUGCCCGGCAGUUGGCUGUACUUUACUUAAAAGUAAGUAUCGUCUGGCGGUGGUAACAAAGCAGCAAGACGCAGCAGUGGAUAGCGCGCCUGUUCUCACGCGCCGAUAUCUACUAGUCGAUUUUCGACUAUGCAUUGACGGGCAUUACUGUGAGCGCACCUUAAGCGUAUUGUUUCGUUUACCACACUCCUACAUUUCAGACAUUGGGACUCCUCAAACGCAAAAAAAUCCAAUCUCUGCAAUGACAUCAGAACUGAGUUCGGACUGACUGAUCCUUUGGCCAACUUUCUGAGCCUAAACAUUCGGGCGAUCCCACCAAGGUUUCGACCACAUUCCUUAUCAGGAACCACCGCCUCGACCCCUCGUUCAGUAGUUAAUUUCGUCAUGUUUGUUCGCUGUACCAUUGUCGCUCGUAUGCAGUUUCCCGUCGCGCCAAGCGAAGCACCUACAAUUGACUAGAUGCAUGGACUUGAUGACAAAAGUUUCCGCAAUAUCAAUCCACUUUGCCUGGAGGCGGUACUCUGUUGGACAGCGGUUAACAAUCGGCUUGAUGGAUGGUCACUUUCCCAUUGGGCGAAAGCAUGCGUGCGCACCCAGCUAGUGUGCAAAUACUUAAGGGUUACAGUGUUCUAACUGAUCUCAGCGGUGAAGCAGAUAAUACUCCACGUUUAACACCCAUCGACAGUAGUUCUGGAGGCUGUGACUCACCCAUUUUCCCGGCGACGAAGAUCAAAAUCUAAAAAACCGUCCCAAUGCCCUGACGAAAUGUGUCGAAUCAGGUUUCGAGCAAACCUUUUUGCCGUCUCCCGUGAGCGACCGAUGUCAGCUUUAGCGAAAUGAUACUCACCUCAUUAGGAGAGAGGCAAAAAAACGUGCUAAAGCCACCUCAAUCGUCUUUUGUGCAUGGGCUGAAAGAACCACUAUGCUCUCCUAUCGAGUGCGGGCUGUCUCAUUGAAAAGAUCCAUUUACUUCAUUUGAGGGAUCGUUCUCUGGGUGCGCGGGUAAGAGACCUCCGACCCUGGCUCAUACAGCCCAAAAUGCGCAAUCGUUCGGGAAGACUGACUGAACAACGUAACGCGUGUUUUGAUAUACCCCAUCGCAGUCAGUCGCCAGUUUGAUCGCUCGCUUCGAAGAAGGGAUUGAGUCCCGUUUCCUUUUUUCCAUCAACAAUUUCCGUUUCGAUGGUUUUGUCUUAGUAUGCGCUUUCGUGGUGUUUAACGUUUUACGCUCACGGUUGGCGUUUGUUACGCUGUUACGCUAUGUCCUUCCCUUAACGUGGUGGUUUCUGCCUCGGUCCUGUCUUUGGCGGAAGUGCGGCUCUUCCCUGAGGGUCUACUCUGCUUGUCCAAAAGACUAAUUUUUCCCAUUUGCACUAGUCUGCAUUCAGAUAUUUUCACGUAGGUGGAAAAAUGUGGACUCCGGCUUCACGUGACACUCCUUGUUUUUUCUCCCAUUGUUUCCUUUUAGGCUGCCAGACAGUUUCUCCGCCCGACAGCUUCAUUCUUCAAUCUGUUUGGCGGAUAUUCAGACAAUCAAGGUUCCUGCAUUCCCUGAAUCCAUUUCCGAGGGAGAUUUGAGUUGGAAGAAGGCUGCAGGCGACACUGUUAUGACAGAUGAGAUAAUCGCGGAGAUUGAAACCGACAAGACCGCCAUCCCCGUACUUUCUCCCUGCACCGGCGUCAUCACCGAACUGCUCAUCCAGGACGGAGAGAAAGUUGUAUACGCCCAAGAGAUCGGCAAAGUUGAUGAGAAGGCUGUCGAGGCCAAGGCACCGGAACCCGAGAAACCUAAGCCCGCGGAACCCGCCGCAAAAGCGACUCCAGCUCCUGCGCCUUCCGCGCCUGCUCCGCCAACUCCUGCUCCCCCUACUCCCCCAGCACCUUCAAGGCCUCCGCCCGCCAGCGCCGCUUCAAAGGCUCCGCCACUUCUCCGAGGCGGUUCCCGGUCGGAACAGCGGGUCAAGAUGACUCGCAUUCGUCUCAGAACAGCAGAACGUCUCAAGGAGGCUCAAAACACCUGUGCUAUGCUUACGACUUUCAACGAAAUCGAUAUGAGCAAUCUAAUCGAUUUGCGCAAUCAAUUUAAGGAGGCCUUUGCUAAGAAACACGGAGUCAAACUCGGCAUUAUGUCCACCUUCAGCAAGGCUGCCGCGUAUGCACUUCGUGAUCAACCCAUCGUCAAUGCUUAUAUUGAUGGCAACGAGAUUGUUUAUAGGAAUUACAUUGACCUAAGCAUCGCGGUGGCCUCGCCCAAGGGCCUAGUGGUGCCUGUCCUGCGUAACGUCGACAAUAUGAAUUUUGCCGAUAUUGAACGGGGCAUCUUCGAGUUGGGCGAGAAGGCGAAGUCGGGGAUGCUUGCCGUGGAGGACAUGGACGGGGGCACCUUUACCAUCAGCAACGGUGGCAUCUUCGGAUCACUCUUCAGCACCCCGAUCGUGAACCCACCACAAUCCGCUAUCCUUGGCCUGCACGGCACUUUUGAACGACCCGUCGCCAGGAAGGGCCAAGUUGUCAUUCGACCAAUGAUGUAUGUGGCUCUUUCCUACGAUCACCGCCUCAUCGACGGCAGAGAAGCUGUCCUUUUCCUGCGCAAGAUCAAGUCUUUUGUUGAGGAUCCGCGUGUAUUCUUCUUGGAUAUCUGA